CACAGCUGGUGAGAAGCUUGGUCAUAACUCCUCCAGCCCUGGCCCCUGAUGAUGGGAAUGGAAAAGAUAAAGGCAGAAGUUUCUGGUGCUUGCUCACUGCCCUCACAGCUCCCUUCUGACCCCGUGAGUGUGGGCAUCCCCGUAGCUGUAUGAUGCCCAUGGCGGAAGCUGGCUGGAACAUGAAUCGGAUUCUGGCCUUGAGCCUCACCCUGUGCCUCAUAGUCCAGAUGGCUUUAGGUGCUUUGCACACCAAGAAACCUCUGGUGGUCACCAAACAUGGGAUCCUACAAGGAAAGCUAACGCAUGUGGGAAACACGCCCGUCAGAGUCUUCCUGGGAGUCCCCUUCUCCAAACCUCCCGUGGGUGCCCGCAGGUUUGCUCCUCCAGAGCCUCUGCAACCCUGGGACGGCAUCAGAGAUGCCACCACCUUCCCGCCUUCGUGCCUUCAGGAAACCUGGGGGCAGUUAGCUUCCAUGUACUUAAGCACUCGGAAAUAUUAUAAGUGGCUGAGUUUCAGCGAGGACUGUCUCUACCUGAACGUGUACGCCCCAGUGCUUGCACCUGGGGACCCUCUGCUGCCGGUGAUGGUUUGGUUCCCCGGAGGCGCCUUCCUCAUCGGCUCAGCUUCCACCUACGAAGGCACGGAAUUGGCCGCCCGUGAAAAAGUGGUGCUGGUGUUUCUGCAGCACAGGCUGGGCAUCCUGGGCUACUUCAGCACGGGCGACAGCCAGGCCCGCGGGAACUGGGGGCUGCUGGACCAGAUAGCCGCUCUGCGCUGGGUGCAGGAGAACAUCAAGGCCUUUGGUGGAGAUCCAGACAGUGUAACACUGUUUGGCCAGUCGGCAGGAGCUAUGAGCGUCUCAGGACUGCUGAUGUCACCCCUAACCCAGGGUCUAUUCCAUCGAGCCAUUUCCCAGAGUGGUACUGCGAUAAUCAAAGCCUUCAUCACUCAUGAUCCAUUGAAGUCAGCCAAGAAGAUUGCUCACCUGGCUGGCUGCAGCCACAACAGCACAAGGAUCAUGGUAGAAUGCCUGAGGGGUCUAUCAGGGGACGAGGUGAUGCGCGUCUCCAAGAAGAUGACAUUCUUUCGUGUGAACUCCAAGAAAGAUCCAGAAGAUAUUGUAUGGUUCCUGAGCCCUGUGGUGGAUGGUGUGGUGUUCCCAGAGGACCCUGUGGAGCUCCUGACCAGCGGGCAGGUUACACGUGUGCCCUACCUGCUAGGUGUCAACAACGGAGAGUUCGAGUGGAUAUUGCCUUUUAUCAUGAAGCUCCGGGUAAAUCAGCAAGUCAUGAACAUGAAUUACUUCACCAAACUGCUCUGGAGUGUCAGCACACUGAUGAAUAUCACUAAAGAGCAGGUUCCACUGGUGGUGAAGGAGUACUUGGACGACGCUACCAAUAAACAUGACUGGAAGAUGUUCCGAAACCACAUGAUAGACAUGGUUGGAGAUGCCACCUUCGUGUAUUCCACACUUCAAGCUGCACGCUAUCACCGGGAUGCUGGCUUCCCCGUCUAUCUGUAUGAGUUCAAGCACCAUGCUCCCUCAAGCCUAAUCAUCAAACCUCGGAAGAACAUAGCAGACCACGGAGACGAGCUUUCCUAUAUCUUCGGAAGCCCUUUCUCCAAAGGCACAUUCAAAAGAAAGGAAAAGGAAUUCAGCCUCCAGAUGAUGAAAUACUGGGCCAACUUUGCCCGCACUGGGAACCCCAAUGACGGAAAGCUGCCCUACUGGCCACGCUUUGACAAGGAUGAAAAGUACCUGCAGUUGGAUUUCGAGACAAGGGUGGGUGUGAAGCUUAAGGAGGAAAAGAUGGCUUUCUGGAAAAGGCUUCGUCAGCCUCAGAGACCAGAGAAGCACCAGCCAUAGUGAGAGUGACCAAGCGACAGGGAACUAUCCUACCAUCUUGCCUCAAGGAGGCUGGCCCUGGAUACAUCUGACGACAAGAGUCCUGUCCACUCAACCUAGGACCUGUAGAAGCUCCCGACUGCCUUCAGGAUAGAUCUGGAGCCCUAGCCCACCAUUUGGGGCUCAGCACCCCCUGUCCAACCUGGUACCCAUGACACAUCAUAUCUCACUGUCUACACUAGGCCAGGCCUUUCAUCACACUGUGCCCAGCCUCA